AUGUUGGAACGUGCUGGAUGCCACCUCGUAGAAAGCAACAGGCACCCUCGAGAUCCGGUCGACGAGCCCUCUACUACAAUGGCCGUCCAGCAGCUAGAGAAUAGCAUAGAACAGAACAUUCAAGCUGCACGGAGAUUGCUGGACUACGCCAAGCAACAGGAAGACGGAGACUUCCAUCAAGAAUCCGAAAUUAUUGCCUUGCAACCCCAUGUGCGAGAACACCUUCAACGGGCAAGCGAGGCUUGUGUGGAAUUGAGAGAUAUGAUGAUGCUGCUCAACCAGCACGAGGCACAAAACGUGACACCCCUAGCACGGUUUCAAUGUGAAAUCGAGGGCCUCCGAAAAGAACGAACACUGCUCUACUCUCGGUGCCGAAAACGGCACACCAGCGUUUUGAUCAGUUACACAGCUUCCGACGAUGAAAACAGCGUCGUCUCCCGACCAACCAGAUCCUCCAAGAAGCGAGCCUUCUGGCGCCUCCGAAACGCGAGGAAGCAGCUAAAGCAACAUUUUCCCUGCAAAUUUAUCUAA